CUUAGUAGGAAAUGGCGUGCUGAAUGGGGUCUUGUGCAUCCUUGGAGCAAGCUUGUGAGAGAUCUAUUAGAAGGAUGAAGCUAUAAAAAGGGCCUAUGGACAUUGCAUGUGAAAAAUGACUCAAUGAAGAAGAGGAGAGAAUUCUUCAGGUGAUGAAGCUGGUUCACCACUUUGUGGUAGCAAUUUUUCCAUUGGACAGUAUAGCUUUGGAGUUCCAGAAUUCCGUCUACCAGAGGCGCCAAACUUUCCUAUAGGCAGCGAUUAUUCAGCAUAUGUCAAUCCCGUAACAGCACAUGAUUUCCUCCAUGCAAUUCAAGAUGUGGUGCAACAAAGGCUCUUUGACAACAUCAGGGAGAGUCUUUUCUUCUCAGUUUUGGUAGAUGAAAGUACUGACCAUGGCUGUGUGUGAACAGCAUUUGAUCAUUUAUAUGGUCUACUUGCUUGGAGGGAAGGAGCUACACUGUGACUUUCUGAAGCUUCUACAAGUGUAGAAUGGGACAUCAGAAUCGAUCUUUGAAACACUACAAGAGGCUGAGAAUGAUUUGUCCCAAGAUCAUUGGCGUGCACUGCGUAGCUCACCGAGAGGCUCUUGCUGCCAAGGAUGGCUUUACAACCAAUCAACCAAUCUUUGACGCCAUCGACAAGCUAGCUGAAAAAAUCAAGUCGUGGCUGGGGAAAAGCUCUUUAAGGCAUAAAGAGCUAAAGGAGCUUUUACAGUCAUAUUGUCUUAAGGAGCUCAAGAUGCUAGCAAUGCAUGAUGUUCGUUGGCUAUCUAGGGGAGAAGUGAGGCUGGUGAUAGCUAUGCCUGCUUUGCUUGAUCAGUGGAAAAUUGCAGAUAAAACUCAGUACUCCAGCCUCACGACCAUUCAGGUUCAGUUUUUUAUUCAUUUGCUAGCAGAUGUUUUGGCUGAGCUGAACAAGUUGAACGUCCUUUUCCAAGCACAAAUGACAAAUUGCUUGGAGAUUGUAUCAUUUCUAGAUAUGACAAUUGAAACUUUGAAGGGGCACAAAGGAUAG